ACCCGGUGCAGUGCUAAUGUAAACAGGGGGUCAGUAGCAUGUAGGCUAAUGUACGCAGUGGCUCUGGGUUCAGGCGCGCUGCUGAAAUCUCACUCGGUCCGGCUCCUGCUCAAGCACCUCUUAUUACUAACACAGCGGAAGACGACACUAGGCGGGGGAACGGAGCGUCUCCCGCAGGCCUGAGAGCUGAGAGGACACCUGAGAGGAGACCAUGUGGGGACAGAGAGCGGAGCGGAGCGGCUCGGGGAUCAGCCGACUGCUGCUCUUACUGUUACUGAUGGCGGCGCUCUGCUCAGCGCACCACUUUCUCCCACAGAACACCGCGUCCCAGUUCCUCCUGCGGCAACGGCGAGCAAACUCACUUUUCGAAGAGAGCAAGAAGGGUAAUUUGGAGCGAGAGUGCAUCGAAGAGCUGUGCAGUAAAGAGGAGGCACGGGAGAUCUUCGAAAACGUCCCUGAGACGGAAUACUUCUACCCCAAGUAUACAGAGUGCCUGGUGUACUAUCGCGUUGGCGCCCCCAAUCCGAACUCAGAUUCCGGAAUUCCUCAGGACCUCCGGACCUGCAUAACAGAAAUAAGCAACCAGUGUUUGCCGCUGCCGUGCUAUAAGGAGGGGUACGAGCGCUGUGAUGACGGUCAGGGUGCCUAUACUUGUUUGUGCAAACCUGGCUGGAAAGGGAUUCACUGUGAGGAGGAUAUUGAUGAGUGCAAGGACCCUGAACACGUUGCUGGCUGCAAUCAGGGGUGCCAGAACACACUCGGGAGCUUCCAGUGCUUGUGUUAUAGUGGUUACUACAAGCACAAUAGCCUCAACUGUUUAGAUAUUAAUGAGUGCAAGCUUCACCCCAAUUUGUGCAAAGACAAAUCCACGUGUGUCAACAAUCAAGGCUCAUACACGUGCCAGUGCCCUACAGGAUACCUGUACAACUCAACGUUCCAUCAGUGCCAGGACGUGGACGAGUGUGAGCAGGACAUAUGUGAUGGUGUGUGUGUAAACACACAGGGCAGCUACUCCUGUCACUGUGAUGGACGUGACGGGCUGAAGCUGGCAGAGAACGGGCACUCCUGCGAAAAAAUCCAUGAAUGUCUCGGGCUCUACGACCACAAGUACGAGGAGAUACUAUACCUGGGAGAGCAGUUCACAGGCCAGCCUAUGAUCUACCUGCGCUUCCAGUUUCCAGCGGACAAAAAGAGCAGGUUUGCUGCCGAGUUUGACUUCAGGACGUUUGACCCAGAGGGUGUGGUGUUGUACGCUGAAUCGAUGCCGGGCAGGUGGCUCAUGCUGGGAUUGAGGAAUGGCCGGAUCGAGGUUCAGUUCAAGAACCAGCAGUCUGUUAAGGUCACCAGUGGAGGCAAAGCUAUCAACGAUGGCCAAUGGCAUGUGAUAUCAGUGGAGGAGCUGGAGAACAGCAUCAGUGUGAAGAUCAGCAAGGAGGCAGUGAUGAGCAUUAAUAACCCCGGCAACCUAUUCAUGGACAAACUGGAGACCAAACUUUACAUCGCCGGCUUGCCCAAUCGAACCAGCGUCAUUAAACAUAUCAACCCCAGAUUAGAUGGCUGCAUUCGUGGCUGGAACCUGAUGAACCAGGGAGCUUCUGGACUAAAGCAGUACAUUCAGGGGAAAGACAGCAAACAUUGCUUUGUGCAUGUGGAGAAAGGAUCCUACUUUUCUGGUGCUGGAAUGGCCCAGUUCAACAUCGACUACAAUGUUGGUGGUCAGUGGAGAGUUGACGUGGUAAUGAAAAUCCGUCCGUCCAGUAGCACGGGUAUUCUCGUCGCUCUCAUCAGCAACGGCACCGUCCCGCUCUCUGUCUCGGUGUUACCUCAGGAACCGAACGAUGCGUACCUACAGGUGUAUUUGGACAACAUUCCUGUUGUGAAGCUCGAGUCGAUGAUGCUGUGUUUCCCAGAAUCCUUUGAAGUGGAGAUGCAUGUGUCUGCUCAGGACCUCCAGAUCUCUGCCAGCAACUCCAACGUGUCGUACACUGAGCCCAAAGCUCUCAGAGAAGCUUUAGCCAAGCUCAAUGCCACCAUGCAGCAGCCAGUCUUCACCUAUGUUGGGGGACUGCCAGAUCUCCCGCUGUCCUCCAUGCCGGUCUCAGCCUACUACCAUGGCUGCAUGGAGAUCCGCGUAAAUAACCGGCUGCUUGACUUCGAUGAUGCCGUCAGCAAGCACAACAGCAUCAACUCUCACUCGUGUCCCCCAGUUACCCCUCCAGACAGCGCCUUACACCUCUAGUCGAAUAGUACUGUCUGUAAUGCUGUUAUUACACUCGCUCUGUGUUGUGUUGUAAAUAGAACGUUCUGAGUGAGUACAAGAGGGGCAUGGGGUGCCUUUAGUUAUGGAUUUCCAAAAUCUACACCUCCAUACUGUAUUACUGAAGGGCAUUUCUAUCUGUAUAUUUACUUUAUUGUAAACACAUAGCCUAUGGAUGAGAGCCUUGAUUGGUUUGAAGAUUUGAUUGCAUUCAUUAGCAUUUAUGAGUAUGAUCUGAUCUGAUCUCGUUUUUUUUUUUUUUUUUUUAUUAUUGAAUGAAAACUUUUCCAUGUUUAAAUUUUAAGAGGGAUUUUAAAAUGAAAGGAUUUUUCAAUUGAAUAAAAAAAUUAGAAUUCAAGUAGUUUUAAUAAAAAAUAAACAAUA